AUGAACGCUGUGUAUUACCACGGUAUUCAAGAUUUCGAAGUCACCAAGUCCGCGCCUAUCGUCGACAUUUCUGAGGACCAGAUUCAGAUCAAGGUCUCGUGUUGUGGUAUUUGUGGCACGGACAGUCACAUUGCGAAGGGGGAGUUUAUCGCCCAAUUUCCGCUGAUUCCUGGCCACGAAAUCGUUGGAACGAUAUCCAAGCUUGGCAAGUUAGUGUCGGGCUUUUCUCUGGGGGAUCGGGUGGUUGCAGACCCCGGGAUAACGUGCGACGAGUGUUUCUACUGUCGUCGAGGCAAGUCGUUGCUGUGUGAGAACUUUGCAAGUCUGGGGGUCACACAGGCAGGAGGGUUUGCGGAAUAUGUUGCCGUGGCAAGCAAGAAGGUGUACAAGAUAUUCAACUUGAGCAACGAAGAGGCCACCCUCGUUGAGCCUGCGGCUUGCGCUGUCCACGGUGCUGACAAACUGGAUCUUCCAGUUGGCUCAGAAGUUUUGAUUCUUGGCGCGGGCCCAACGGGGUUGAUUCUCGCACAACUUCUCAAGUUGAAUGGUGCUGCGAAGGUUGUUAUCGCCGCCAACAAGGGGAUCAAGACAAAGAUUGCUCGUCAACUUAAGGCAGCAGACGAAUAUGUAGAAAUUGACCGUGAGGCACCAGAACCAGCAUGGAAGACGUUGAAGGAGUUAUAUCCGUAUGGAUUUGAUGCAGUGGUAGAGGCGACUGGGUCAGAAACGGUGGCUAACGAAAGCAUCAACUACGUUCGCAGGGGAGGGACCUUGAUGGUAUAUGGAGUUUAUGCGAACGACGCCCUUGUUCAUUGGCCACCAGCCAAAAUUUUUGGCGACGAAAUCAAGAUCAUCGGUUCCUUUGCCCAAACUCAUUGCUUCCCUCGAGCCGUGGCAUAUCUUGAUAGCGGCAAAGUGCGCGUCCAGGGGAUGGUGACAGACGUAUUCACGGUAAAUGACUACCAGAAGGCGUUGGACAAGCUGGAGAGCAAAACAGCGCUGAAGGUUGUUGUGAAGCCAUCGUAG